AAUACCUAACAACAAUCGCCGUGUAGUCCUCGAGGGGCCGGAUUUCAUUUGAUAUCGAUAUUCGUGUUGAGCGCUGUUAUAAUGAAGCUUUUAAAUUGUCAGCACUGUGUUGGACAAGAUAAAGCAGCAGAAGACACAGAACAUGUGGAGAAACUCUUGCCAGCAGGUUACAGUCAUCUAUUGUGUCACCAUGAGCUGCUGGAGAUGACAAGUGAUGUAGAAAACUUCAGAGUAGCUCUAAAGUUGCAGCUGACCACUGAGGAGGAGGUUCAGAAGUGGUUGGAGAACUUCCAGAAAUCUUCAACCAUAACAUGGAGAAAAUCCAGAACAUACCCUGACUCUGGACGAUAUAACAAAUACAGAGUAGAUCUAAGAUGCCAGCACAAAACAUACUGUGCAUCGUCCAAGUCAACCAAAAAUACCAACUGCCCCGCUACCAUGUUUCUAAUCCUCAAAAGACACAUGAAUGAAAGGAAGUCCAGAUCUAGAGACCCGCACAUGGAAGAGGGCUAUUUCCUCCAUGUGAAUUUGAGGAACGAACAUAACCACAGACUGACUGGUGAAGAGGCCAUGCGAAGGAGAGAUGUGUCUAGUGAGACCAUUGAGAAGCUCCAGCAGCUCUACAGAAGCGGUCACUCUCCCUCAUCUGCUCUCAAGACCAUCAAAUACAACCUGCAGGAAGAAGUAGGAGAAAAUUACAUUUAUGCCAUCGCAGACCGCUCCAUCUGUCCAGACCUUCAGUUCUGCUACAGAUUGUACAACAAGCUUUUUCAGAAGUCAGAUGCUGCCCCUGCAGAGGAAGACAUUACGGAAGAGCUUUUGAAACCCUUAUUGGUACAGUCAUGGGAGGCAUCAGCAGUGACAGUUGGACAGACCGUGAGCAUUGAAGAAGGAGUGACUCUUACUACAGUACCAUUGAUCACCACAGGUAAAGAUGUGGAUUUCACAGAAGAUGAUGAACCAGGGCCAAGUGCUACUGAAGAAGUUGUUGGCUCUUUGGACGGACAGCUUGAAGAGAUUUUUGGAAUGCUGAAAAAUAAUCUAAAUGAGGAUGCAAGUUUCACACCUCCUAUAAGAGCUUUUGUGUCCAAUUUCUUUCAAAUAAAGACUGACAGUGCUCUGCAGUCAGCACUCUAUUCUUUUGGUAAGAGCACUCAAACAACAGCCCAUCUGAUGGGUGCACCACCUGUUGCAGGUCCACGUAGAAAGGGGUAUUUGGGUGUACGACGAAUUGGCAGGCCACCAAAGAUUUUGAGACGAGAACACCCAUAUUGCAACAGCAGAACCAAAAACACUUCCCAAACUCUCACAUUAAUUUUGCAGGACAGCAACACCCUUGAAAAGACCCAACUCCAACACACCACCACCCAGAACAACAUUUAAAGUCAACAUGAAAUCACAAUUUACACUAUUUUUCAUUAUAUUUUCAUGUUCCUGGUUGUUAUUGUGCACAAUUCCUCAGUGCAAAUAGAAAAAAUAUUUUUUUCAUAAUCUUUCAUCAAAAUGCAAUUACUUUCACAGCAUCUGAAAGUACUUUCCUUUUCAGGUAACAUCACCAUAAUAUAAACCGAUUGGCAAGUAGCGGUUUAGUCAUUUUUAUAGAGUACUGUUGUAGUUAAUGCAGCCUUUCUGAAAUCUUUUCAGUAGUCAACAGUAAUUUAAUGCUUGUUUAAUUGAGGUUUCUGGAAUAAUGUCAAAUAAGAGAUAGAUUUGAAAUUACAGAUUUGAAAAAGUGUUACCAUUAGGAUACGUGGAGAUGCUCUGGUGUGUGAACUUGACUUUCAACCUUCAUGUCUACAUCCAAAAGCAACCUCAAAAGUGUGUGCCAGCUGUGUUUUAGGCCCCCACAAUCCACUGCAAACAAUUGGAGAUUUCAAUCUCCAAUUGUUUUCGUGUUUAAUAUUCUAGUUCUCACAGAAAUACAUCACAUAAUGGUAGUAAAAUGGGUUGCAAAUGCUGUUUUAUGUUGACUUUUAAUACUAUUAAUGCCCAAAUUGAGCAUUUGUAAAUAAGAUGAAUACAAUGCAUUUUAAUAUUAUUGUAUCCUGUUAUUUUAGAAAACUUACACAAAGGUAAAAUGUGUUACUUUGAUUCCCAAUAAUUUGAUUAUUUCCCAAACCCAUGCAAAUUGACUGGAUGUUACUGUUUUUAUCUUACACAUUAUCUAAGCUUUGUUUUUGUCCAAUACCAUUAAGGCUCCAUGUGCAGGACAUUUUAAUGUGAUUUAAUUCUGGCAAAAUGCGACUAAAAUAAAACAAUUUC